CAGAGCGGUCAAGGCUGGGAAGGGGUGUUUCACUUGUGACCGAGCCUUAUAAGAGCUGGUUUGAGCAGCCAUGUGCUGGCAGAGCGGGGAGGACAGGGUAUUUCCAGGCUGAGACAGGGAGGAAGUCUGCGGGUCUCUCACAUCUGCUGCAGCAGGAGCUGAGUUUCACAGAGGAUCCGGGCUUCCAGCUCAGCUAUGACGACCAGCAGCAUGGACUUGGACUGCGAGAGGUGUCAGUGCCAGCAGGAGGACAACCGCACCGCCAUCCUUUACAACCUCCUCAGCCAGAACCUGAACCACAGCCGGGGCAGCUGCAGCCCGGCCCAGCAGCGCUGCCUGUGCCACCAGCGCCGGACGGUCUGCCUCCGCACACCCCACGUCACCUGCCAGGCUGCCUCCGAUGUGCUGGUGAAAACCGUCAGCUUCAUGAAAAACCUCCCUUCCUUCCACCUGCUGCCGCGAGGGGACCAGCUCCUGCUGCUGGACAGCUGCUGGGUCCCCCUCUUCCUCCUGGGGCUGGCGCAGGAGAUGGUGACGUUUGAGGUGAUGGAGACCCCGGCCCCCAGCAUGCUCAAGAAGAUCCUCCUCGAUGGCCAAAGCAAACGGCAGGAGCCCGAGCGGACGCAGCCCACGCUGGCUGCCGUGCAGCGGCUGCAGUGCGGCCUCAACACCUUCUGGAGCCUGGACCAGCCCAAGGAAUACGCCUACCUGAAGGGAGCCAUUCUCUUUAAUCCUGAUGUCCCAGGGCUGAGAGCCUCCCUGUACAUCGAGAGCCUCCAGCGGGAGGCCCAGCGAGCACUUCAGGAGGUCCUGCGGCCCCUGCAUCCUGAGGACCAGGGCCGCUUUGCCCGCAUUUUGCUGAUUGCCUCCACCUUGAAAUCCAUCCCUCCUGCCCUUAUCACAGACCUCUUCCGGCCCAUCAUCGGCAACGCAGACAUCAUUGAGCUCAUCGCGGAAAUGCUGUACGAAAUCACCAGCAGGCAGCUGGCUCCCACACCACGCAUGGCGCUCUGA